AUGAACAGUACAAGUACGAAUUAUGGACUUACCGAUACUCCUCAUACCUGUCGCUCGAAUUAUGAGACUUCACAGAUAGAUGUUCAGGUGAUAGAUCAAAUCAAUCUACCAGUGGUUUUUCUAAAGGGAAGCUCGCUUCCUGUGCCGGUACUCCUCAAGCCAAACUCAGUUUCCAAAGAGACUCAACUGUUUGAGUUGUCCGAUGGGAUUCCCAAAACUAAGAGCUAUGAGACCUCACCAACAGUCGAUAAGCUGUUCUCUAAGCCUCAAUUGCUCUCUGAUGAGUCGGUGAAUGACUCUCAAGUUUUUGGAUAUCGACACAGUCCUGAAAAUAAAGAAAAAUUAACUAAAACUUUGGAAUCGACUUUACCUAAAGUGAAUGAGAGGAUAUCUUUGAAGCCUACUCCUAAACUCCAGAUCUGUAAAGACAGUGAGAAACAAGAAAAGCAAUCUAUGAGAAGCUUUUGUCCUUAUAAGACUUUAAAAGCUAGUAGAACUCGUUCUGCAUCACCUAAAAGAGAUCAGUUAGCUAUUUUGAAAGAUUACAAGCAUUCAGUCAUGUUUAUCCGACAUGAAAAUACCGAGAGAAGGAUUCUAAAAUGUGAAAUCCCAGGAUGCAACGAGUCUUUUAAGACAAUCAAAAAGUUCUUUAAGCAUUCACAAUUACACCUCAAGUCUUCUCUCUUCCAAUGAAGAUACUGCUCAACACAGUUGGAAUCUUUGAGCAAUCUGAAGAGGCAUAUUUUAAGUCAUCGGAUGGCUUUCAGAUCCAAUCACCUUUUAUUGCAGAAUAAUCAAAGCUAGAAGUUGAGCUCACUCAGUUCUCC